CAUCCGAUGCUUCAUAUUGACUCCACUGGUAGCAUUCAGGUCUGAACACUCCCCAGUUGUAACAUACUAGUUCAAACCACACUGGACAGUCUUCCUUCAAAGAUCUAUCACAAUGAUUUUUUCGCGGCGGUCAGCCCGCCUCAUCAAAUUCAAACCCCUCCAUCGUCAGUAUUGCCGGUGCGCCGAACGGUGCCUCGCAUAUAAGAUGGCCUUCACUCUGUUCGACGGCGGAGAUCCUCUUUCCUCCUUUGUUUUAGUCACGUCGACAUGUCUUCCAUAGACGACGGUCUUUCAGGGGAAGAGAUACAGGUGUACCUCGAUGGAACUCUCAACUCCUACGUCUUUGGGUUCUUCAUUCACGGUAUCUAUACUGGCCUCUAUGCGACAUCUAUAUGGGUUCUAGCUACCAGCUCCAUCUCAAAAACUCGGAUUUACAUGGGAUGCCUGAUCACGACCUUGUACGUUCUCUGUACGAUCCAGAUCGCCGUUUCAUGGAUUGAACUGCGAACCGCUCUGGUCUAUGGCACAUCUGCCCAGUCUCGAUAUGGUCGCCUAAGCGCUUCACUGUCGUUAGAGGUCACGAGUGCCGUAGCCUCAGCUCUGAAUGUCCUCGUUGCCGAUUGUACGAUAAUUUGGCGUUGUUGGGUCGUAUGGGGUCAAAGCUGGAAAAUAGUAGCUCUGCCCAUUAUAUUCGUGGUGAGCGGGAUAUUUUGUGGGAUCAAACUUGUCGUUCAUCAAUACACGGUGUCGUCGGGCGAUGCCGUUGUGACAAAAUGGGCUGUAGCCACUAUCGCCACGACACUAGGAACGAACGUCUUGUGCACGACUCUGAUUAUCACCCGAAUCGUCCGUGUGACAAGACGACAGCGCGGCAUGUUUGACUUGGGUCUUCGAACGUAUCGUGGCGUGAUAGAGAUUCUCGUAGAAUCUGCUGCGCUGUAUUCGAUCACUUACCUGCUCCUCGCGAUAUUCUACCCUCUCAGCAAUAACGGAUACAUGUUCGCCCAGGCGUUGGUUUACCCUAUCACCGGCAUAGCACCUACGAUGAUCAUAGCCCGAGUUGCUUCAGGGCAGGCUCGGCCCGAAGAGUCUUGGCAUAGACCCCAGUCUCCUUUGGACUUUCAUGGUGCAGUUCGCACGCGCUCCGCAGAUACGACAACAGCAGAUGUUAUGGUACACCGGGAGUGUGGUAGAUCGACUUCCGUUAAAGGCAAGGGACGAGAGCGUUCGAGUGUGUUGGAAUCUGAAGAAGCGCCAAGCUCCAGCCACGAGAGAGAGUAGCGGCGUAAAAGCUCGGCGGUGUUCAUAUAGCCUUCACGGGAGCUGGUUGAUUGAGCUCCCUCUUCUCUCUCGGUGAGCUUCCGGUGACUCUGCUGUUGGAGAAUUAAUUUGAUAAUGUCGUUC